AUGAUGGUUGCCAGAACAGUUACUACCCAAAGAUUUGCUUCAACUACUUUAAAAGCUUCCCCACGUCAUUUAGUUAACAUAUCCCAAUUAACAAAUGAAGAAUUUAGUUCCUUAAUAAAUAAAGCUGAAUAUUACAAAUCAUUAGUUAAAUCAGGUGAAUCAUCUCCUCAAAAUCAUCAAAAAUUAUUAGGUAAACUAGUUGCCCUUUUAUUUUCCAAAAGAUCUACCCGUACUAGAAUUAGUACUGAAGGUGCUGCUGCCUUCUUUGGUGCACAACCUAUGUUUUUAGGUAAAGAUGAUAUCCAAUUAGGUGUUAAUGAAUCCAUGUAUGAUACUACCAGAGUUAUAAGUUCUAUGACUUCAUGUAUCUUUGCUAGAGUUAAUAAACAUCAAGAUAUUUUGGAUUUAUGUAAAGAUUCUUCAGUCCCAAUUAUUAAUUCCUUAUGUGAUAAAUAUCAUCCAUUACAGGCUAUUGCUGAUUUAUUAACCAUUAAAGAAACUUUUGGUGAAACUAAAGGUUUAAAACUUGCUUGGAUUGGUGAUGCUAAUAAUGUUAUUAAUGAUUUAGCUAUUGCUUGUUUAAAAUUAGGGAUUAAUGUUUCUGUGUCUAUCCCAGCUGAUAUCACAUUUGAUCCAGAAGUUAAAGCACAAGCUGAACAAUUAGCAAAACAACACAAUUUAUCCAUGGAAAUCGUUAAUGAUCCAAAAGUUGCCGUUAAAGAUGCCAAUAUUAUCGUUACUGAUACUUGGAUCUCUAUGGGUGAAGAAUCACAAAAAGAAGCAAAAUUAAAACAAUUUGCUGGGUAUCAAAUCACCAAAAACAUGAUUAGUGAAGGUCAAGCUGCUUCUAAUUGGAAAUUCAUGCAUUGUUUACCAAGACAUAAAGAAGAAGUUGAUGAUGAAGUGUUUUAUAGUGAAAAUUCAAUUGUGUUUGAAGAAGCUGAAAAUAGAUUAUAUGCUGCCAUGGCUGUCAUUGAUGGAUUUGUUAUUAAUAAAGGUGAUUUAUUGAAGUAG